AUGGCUCCUAAGCAGAAGAUCAUCAUCGAUACCGAUCCAGGCGUCGAUGAUAUCCUGGCUCUGCUUCUUGCACUCAGUGCCAAACCGGAGGAGCUUGAGGUUCUUAUGGUGUCCGUCACAUACGGCAAUGUUCCCCUCCAAAGCUGUCUCCGAAACGUUGUUUCUCUCUUCCACGUGCUUGGGAAAGAACUUGAGUGGAGGAAGUCCACUGGCAAACCCGAAGGCUUUGGAGCCAUGAAGGCGAACAAGCCCAUCGUGGCUGUUGGUCCCGACCACCCCCUUUGCGACGAGGAGCUGAUGGCGGAUUACUUCCACGGCAUCGACGGCUUGCAUAAUGUUCAUGAGGCUCAUCCUGAUUUGUCUCCUGCUGAAACCUGGAAAGGCAUUUUCAGUGAUGGCGCCAAUGAAGCCGGAGACUAUUCUCCUUUCUUCACGCCAUCCAAGGCGCCCUCUCACCAUGAGAUUCUCCGCAUCCUUAAAGAGAAUCCCGUGGACACUGUCUCCAUCCUUGCUGUUGGUCCUCUUACCAAUGCUGCCCUAGCAGCCGCAGAAGAUCCCGAGACUUUCCUUCGCGUGAAGGAGCUUGUCGUCAUGGGCGGUGCUGUAAAUGUCGAGGGAAACUGUACUCCUGUGGCUGAAUUCAACUGCUACGCCGAUGCUGUCGCUGCUGCUCGGGUUUACGCACUCACAUCCCCCAGACCGAGCUCCACGAUGCCGACCAUUCCCCAGGAGCUUUCAACUUUGAAAGCUUACCCAAACAAACUUUCCCGCCAGCUUAAGCUCACACUCUGCCCCCUCGAUAUUACUACCCCUCACUUGAUUGGCAAGAACUACUUCAAGGAGAACAUCCAGGCUCACGUCGAAGCUGGCAGCCCCCUUGCCCGAUGGGUGUCACACUUUGUCACUAAAUCCUUCAGCAAGAUCGAGGAUAUGGAGGGGGAUGAAAACGAGCCCGGUCUUUCGUUGCACGACCCCCUGACGGUAUGGUAUAUGCUGACCCGAGAUGAUCCUAAGUGGAAGACACCCGAGAAACUGGAGGACAUCCGUGUGGAAACCAGCGGUCAAUGGACACAUGGAAUGCAUGUCGUUGAUCGUCGAUUCAGAAAGAAGCCUGCCGAAGCCGCAGUCGCCCUUUCAGAAAACCCUAACGAGGACCCCCAUAUCUUGACUCUCGAUGAGGUCCCUGGCGACGACCACGGUUGGCUGAGUGUUCUCAAGGGUAACCGCCUUAACCGUGUGAUCGACUCUCCAGGACAUGACAUCUUCAAGGAAGUGCUCAUGCAGCGCAUCUUUGGAUAG